AUGGCUAUAUAUCGUAUCUUAAAACAUCUUGCUUCGACCUAUAAUAUUGCACAAGUAGGAGAAUCAAUCUUUGCCGCCAAUAAAACCACUCAUCUACUGGCUUCUCCUGCAGGUAAAGGAAAUAUCAUGUUUGGUUUUAACACCCUCAACAAAGCAUUACAGGAGUUACCAGACUUCUUAAAGGAGAAUGGAUAUAAGAAUCCUGAAAAUCCCCUUGAAACUGCCUUCCACCGAGCUUUUGAUACCAAGGAACACUUUUUUCCCUAUAUUCAACAGUUCCCGGACACUAUGCGAUACUUUUAUCCGUCUCUUACUGCAUCCAAGAGCCCCGUUCCAUGGACAUCUGUAAUCCCUCUGGCCGAAAAGCUGAGGGAAGCGGAUAAGGAAAAACCUCUCUUUGUGGACAUUGGUGGUGAACACGGUUAUCAGUGUGAUGCCUUUCGCAAGGCAAUCGCCGAGUAUGACUUUUCUGGCCGUGUGAUCAACCAAGACCUUCCGGGAACAUUGGCUACAGCCCCAAAACACGACGAUAUCUAG